AUGCAAUCGGACCUCUAUGCCUUCUGCCCGCUUCCAGGUGGUAAAACAGAGCAGCAGCUGACCCCCAUAGCAGCCACGCUCACAGCCACGGGAGACGCAUCAUUAAAUGCAGCCACGCUCACUCUCACGCCCGCCCAGCCGUCCAAGGCUGGCAGUGUGUUCCUGGCAGCGCGCGUGCCGCUCUUCUCCUACCAGCUCAUCGGGGACUCCUGCGGCCGCCAGCUCGCCUUCUCCUCCUCCUUCUCCUUCACUCUCACCCGCCCUGCUGCCUCCGGCUCCGAAGGCUUUGCCUUUGUGGUGGCCUUUGAUGCCACCCCGCCCACAGCACCGGCGGUGGGCGGCAUGGGGUAUGCGGGGAUGGGAGCGCGCAGCGUGGCAGUGGAGUUUGACACGUCGAUGGAUGCGGGCAACAGCGACCCUGACAGCAACCACGUGGGCAUCAACACUGGCGGCAAUGUCACGUCGGUGGUCACAGCCAAGCCCAGCACCCCUCUCAAUGACGGCAAGUCGAGGCACGUGUGGAUCGAGUACGACCCUUCCUCUGAUGGCUCCCUGCGCGUCUUUUUCUCCUCCAAGGCGUCCCCUCGCCCCACCACCCCCCUCCUGUCGGCACGCAUCUCCCUGUGUGAGGAGCUCGCCCCCUCCCCAUCAGAGUACACCUUUGCCAUCGGCUUCACUGCUGCCUCCGCCGCCCAGCCUCAAAGCCAUGUCGUCUCCGCCUGGACCCUCUCAACGCAUGCAGCGCUGGGGUUUACCUUCACGGAGGCGGCGCUCUCUCUGUCGGGGAUGAAUCUCUUCUUCCGCUAUGCCAGCUCGGGCAGUGUUGCUGCUGUGAACGGCAAUGACGUUGGAGAGCUGAAGGCCGCCAUGAAGGUCGGCUGCUCUGGCAGCACGCCCUCUCAGGCCUUCCAGCUGCUGCUCAAGCUGGCGCCCAAGGGAGGCGGGCUCGUGCCAGAGGGUCAGUGGCAGGGCGAGAAAGGGAAGGUGCCCGUAAAAGCAGGCAGCACCAGUCCUCUCUGCGCGCCGCUUGUGAAGCCACUGGCGAAGCUGUUUGGUGUGGCGUGUGGGAAGGGCAGCGGCAGCGUACGACAGCUCGUCGGUGGGUUCCCCAUCAGCGGCUUUGAGUCGACGUCUUUCUAUGGCUGGUUUGGGCUGCUGCUGGCCGUGCAGCGGCAGCCAGUGGUGGUGCACAUUGAGGCUUCCGCUGACUCGUUCAAGAGCUACGAUGGGGUGAGGCGAGCAGAAUGCUGUCUAGUGAUGGGAGGAGGCGAGAAGUGUGCUAUUUUGAAAGAGCUAUCCAAGUACCAGGACCCAGCGUGCUUCACGUACAACCUGAACCACGUGGUGCUGCUGGUGGGGUACCGCCUGGUGGGCAAGGACUCGCGCUUCGCCCACAUGGCGCCGCCCUUCUGGAUCAUCCGCAACUCAUGGGGGCCUGACUGGGGCGAUGGGGGCCACAUGCGCAUGGACAUCCAGGGGGGGGAUGGCGUGUGCGGCAUCAACUCGCUGCCAGGCCUCUACCCCGUGGUCAGAGAGGACGCAUGCAAGGCAGCCAAGCGCAAUCCGUGUGCGGUGGGGCAGUGUGUGAAUGACGGGGCGGGGUCGUACUCGUGUGUGUGUCCACCGGGCUUCAGGCAGGGCACCACCGUCGAUGGCACCUUCUCCUGUGCUCCAGGUGUCACCAACACCACCUACACCGUGCUCUCUCCCAACGUCCGCUGCUCCGAUGUCUUCCCGGUCUACGGCCUCAUGCUCGCCCAGUUCCAAGCCCAGAACGUGCGUCUCCCGCACCUACACCUCAUCAGCAGUUGUCUUCCCUAUGAUUUUUUUCAUCCUGCCUCACAUGCCUACGUGGUGUGUGCUGUCUCUCAUGCCUAUCCCUCGGGUGACACCUGUGCAGCCCUGGCGCUGUACUUCAAAGUGCACUGGUCCUGCCCAUCUGCCACCUGCACAGCCGCCUUCCAGGCGCUCAACCCCAGCUUGGACUGCAGCGCCAACGGCGGGCUGCUGAAGCCGGAGCAGGCGGUGUGUGUGGAGCGCAAAAAGGAUAAUGUGGGGCUCAUCCCGGUAUGCUCGCAGUACUACCUGGUGCAGAGCGCAGAGACGUGCGAGUCCAUCCGCAAUGUGCCCUACCCCCCUCUGAGCCCCAUUGACUUCUUCCGACUCAACCCCGGCAUCAAGUGCAACCGCCUCAUUCCAAACACUGAUGUUGACGGUUUCACUGGCUUCGAGGCAUGCAUUGCGAGCUCCACGUCGUACACUCAGGGCACGUGCCCGCGUGCGAAUGCGUAUGUGGUGGGGACAGGCGACAGCUCGCCUCCCUCCCCCAUCCCACGCCUCUCCUCCCUCCUCAUCCCACCUCUCUCCUCCCUCCUCAUCCCAUCCCUCGCCUCCCUUUCCAUCCCACCCUUCUCCUUGCUCCCGUUCCCACACCUCUCCUCCUCCCUACCCUCCCCACCCGUCUCCUCCCUCCCUUCCCCCAUCUCCUCCCUCCUUUCCUCCCCCUUGUCAGAGGAUGCGUGCAAGGCAGCCCAGCGCAAUCCGUGUGCGGUGGGGCAGUGUGUGAAUGACGGGGCGAGGUCGUACUCGUGUGUGCCACCGGGCUUCAGGCAGGGCACCACUGUCGAUGGCACUUACUCCUGUGCUCCUGGUACCUUCUCCUGUGCUCCUGGUACCUUCUCCUGUGCUCCUGGUACCUUCUCCUGUGCUCCAAGUGACACCAACACCACCUACACCGUACUCUCUCCCAACGUCCGCUGCUCCGAUGUCUUCCUGCCAUCGGUGUCAUGUGCAGCACCCAUCCCACCCUCCACCGUUCUCAAUGUGGCCAGCCCAGCCUCUCUCAUCCCCUGCUCCGUCUUCUACACCACUCAGCAGGUCUUCACCUCGCACCCUCCCUGCCAAUGUGUCUUCCUCUAUGCGCCCCUCCACCCAUGUCGUUCUAUGCCCCUCCCUGUCUGUGCCUCCUCCAUCUCACUUCAAACCCAUUUCCUGGCCUCAGCAGAUUACUUCGAAGUGCACUGGUCCUGCCCAUCUGCCACCUGCACGGCCGCCUUCCAGGCGCUCAACCCCAGCUUGGACUGCAGCGCCAACGGUGGGCUGCUGCAGCCCGAGCAGGCGGUGUGUGUGGAGCGCAUAAAGAAGAAAGUGGGGCUCAUCCCGGUGUGCUCGCAGUACUACCUGGUGCAGAGCGCAGAGACGUGCGAGUCCAUCCGCAAUGUGCCCUACCCCUCUCUGAGUUCCAUUGACUUCUUCCGACUCAACCCCGGCAUCAAGUGCAACCACCUCAUUCCCAAAACUGACGUUGGCAGCUUCACUGGCUUUGAGGUUUGUGUGUGGCACCGGCUCUGCUCGUGCCUCUCUUCCCUUCCGUGUGGAUCAAUCUUCCUCCCUGUCCUAUACUAA